CCUCCCGCCACCGCAGCCACCUCCCGCCCGGCUUCUGCCUCAUCAGCACUCCCCAGCUUCCCGCCGCCCAGCUUCCUGCCCAGCAGUUCAAACUGACCAAACGUUGCCCACCACCUUGGCUCUCUCAGUUUCCCCAGCCCUUCAGCCCCCCUAUAAAAGAACCCUGCCCCUCUGAGCGGCGCGGCCAUUUUCCUCUCCUUCCCAGCUGGUCCGCCUGGAGGCUCUUUCCUCUCAAUAUAGCCUGAACUUAAGGAUUUUCUUCUAACCUGCGGUCCGGUUUUUUCCGAACGAGCUCAGUCCUCCCACAGAGGGUAGGUCAGACAAGUGGUGCCGAAACCCAGGAGGGAGGGGCCGUUGGCCCAGCCACGGCCCCCCUCCCAACCUACCCAACACUGGCCCUGCCAUCUCCACACUCCGAUUAAGUUCCUACAGCGGCGCUUUCAAGAACUAACUCGAGUCACCAUCCACCAGAUGCUGCUCCAACCCUACCCUGAACAAGUGCUGGAAGCAGACCUCUCCCCGAACACCCAGGCUCCUUAGGAAAAGAGACCUCUUCAGAACCCCCCAUCGACCCUUGUCAGCAGGAAGUAGCCAGAGAGACAACCGACGCCCCUGACCCCUCUUUUUCUUUUCUUUUAAGGAGUUGGGAAUGUUUGGAAAACUCUGCCCCUACCGUGAGAACUCUCUUUCCCUCCCCCACAAAGAGGCUCCCUUAUCUCUCACUCUACAUACCGCCCUAGCCUUCCCGCCCGGCUUCUGCCUCACCAGCUCUCCCCAGCUUCCCGCCGCCCGGCUUCUGCCUCACCAGCACUCCCCAGCUUCCCGCCGCCGGGCUUCUGCCUCACCAGCUCUCCCCAGCUUCCCGCCGCCCGGCUUCUGCCUCACCAGCUCUCCCCAGCUUCCCGCCGCCCGGCUUCUGCCUCACCAGCUCUCCCCAGCUUCCCGCCGCCCGGCUUCGGCCUCACCAGCACUCCCCAGCUUCCCGCCGCCCGGCUUCGGCCUCACCAGCACUCCCCAGCUUCCCGCCGCCCGGCUUCGGCCUCACCAGCUCUCCCCAGCUUCCCGCCGCCCGGCUUCUGCCUCACCAGCACUCCCCAGCUUCCCGCCGCCCGGCUUCUGCCUCACCAGCACUCCCCAGCUUCCCGCCGCCCGGCUUCUGCCUCACCAGCACUCCCCAGCUUCCCGCCGCCCGGCUUCUGCCUCACCAGCACUCCCCAGCUUCCCGCCGCCCGGCUUCUGCCUCAUCAGCACUCCCCAGCUUCCCGCCGCCCGGCUUCUGCCUCACCAGCACUCCCCAGCUUCCCGCCGCCCGGCUUCUGCCUCAUCAGCUCCCCCCAGCUUCCCGCCGCCCGGCUUCUUCCUCAUCAGCACUCCCCAGCUUCCCGCCGCCCGGCUUCUGCCUCACCAGCACUCCCCAGCUUCCCGCCGCCCGGCUUCUGCCUCAUCAGCACUCCCCAGCUUCCCGCCGCCCAGCUUCCUGCCCAGCGGUUCAAACUGACCAAACGUUGCCCACCACCUCGGCUCUCUCAGCUUCCUCAGCCCUUCAGCCCCCCUAUAAAAGAACCCUGCCCCUCUGAGCGGCGCGGCCAUUUUCCGCUCCUUCCCGGCUGGUCCGCCCGGAGGCUCUUUCCUCUCAAUAAAGCCUGAACUUAAGGAUUUUCUUCUAACCUGCGGUCUGGUUUUUUCCG